UGAAAUCACACUAUUCUGCAAAUACACAGCCGACGUUCAACAUGUAUUCUCCACGUGGUGAUGGUGUUUCGUUGUGGCUACGUAAAUAAAUAGGCUGCGCCGUGUAAUUUCAUUUUCAAAUAGCCUAAAGUAGGCUAAGGGUAUUUAUAUGCUACUGAUUUAUCAUUAUCAAGCCUGAAGUCGUUCAAACCGAAGAAAUGGAAAAGGGGCGAAAAUCCUCCAAACAAUAUGGGUCUUUGGAACGAACAAAAUUGGAUCGAAAACCCGAUAAGAAGGCAGAGGAAGACAUUGUCUCAAUGGCGGACUCCACCAUCACAAUAGAUCACAUUGAAGGGGAGCUUUUCAGAAUCGAGCGGAUACGUGAUGUUCUAGUACGGAGGGAAUCAGAACUAAGAUACAUGAUGGACGACAUUCAGCUUUGCAAGGAAAUCACACGGCUGAAACAAGAGCUUCAGAAGCUGGUGUCUGUUUCAGACACAGACAAAUCCAACGAGGACCGACAGAGGGAGGAGGAGUUGCUGCAGCAGAUCCACAAGCUGGUGGAAACCAGGGACUUCCUGGUGGAUGACGUGGAGUUUGAGAGGCUCAGGGAGAGAGAGGAGGACAAAGAAAUGGCUGAUUUCUUGCAGUCUAAAUUCCCCAAGACCUUGAAGAAAAAAGACAUCACAGAGGACCGAAGGAUGACCUCCAAAGCCCAGCAGACAUCGUCCACUCCCUUCGUCACCAAAACCGGUCUUACCCUUCUGAAGGAGUGCUGCGGCUUCACAUGCUCUGUCAUGUAGACUCCCUGCCCUGAGGAGAGACUGAGACACGUUGUUGAUUUCUGGAAGGGGUCAUUUGUGUUGAGUGGGCAGACAGUGCUCUCAUACUUCGACUAUAACCCUAAACAUAUGUACAGUGACGGUUGGGACUGAGUUCCCAUCAAUUAAUCUAUUGCUGGGUCAUUGCACCAAUUUAGUGCAUUUUGGUAAAAAAACAAAACAACUUUAAUUUCAAUUUUUUUGGGCAUUCUGUCAUAAAGAGCACAUUUACAACUUCAUAUUGAAACGAGAGUUCAGUUCACGUAACAGGGUUGACUUUAAAAUUAGGGACAGAUGUAAAUUAAUCACUAAUAAAUAACAAUCUUCAGAAAUUACUUUGUCAAAGCAACAAAAUAACUAGGGCUUUACAAUGAUGAUGAAUUUUAGGGGUUGUUUUUUGUCUUUUUAAUUUAGCCUUUUAUUUAACUAGGCAAGUCAGUUAAGGACAAAAUCUCAUUUACAAUGAUGGCCUAUACUAGUGGAAUAACUGCCUUGUUCAGGGGCAGAAUGACAGCUUUUCACCUUGGUUACUGGCCCAACGCUCUAACCACUAGUCUACCUGCCGCCCCAUGAAAAUCUUCAAAUAAGUCACAGAUUGUGCAUGGAGGGACAUGUCAAAGUGCCAAUUUUUUGCACUUUUCUAUGUCUUUAUUUAUAUAAAAAAUCAUAAUUUUAGAAUUUUGAUAUAACAGGCUUUUAAAAUUCAACAUUGGUGAACAAUUUCUACUUAUAAUAUCAAAGGGAUGCGAAAGGCACUCUUUUCGUGGAACGACCUUGCUGAUCAUUUCCUGAUAAAGGCCUACUUGACUCAGCCAAGUCCAUAAAUCAACACAUAUCUUCUUCAUCACCAUGGUCGCUGGUGCGCAAUGAGACAAGGAUAUCCCUUCCGGCCAAACCCUCCGUAACCCGGACGACGCUAGGCCAAUUGUGCGUUGCCCAGACCUCCCGGUCGCGGCCGGUUACGACAGAGCCUGGGCGCGAACCCAGAGUCUCUGGUGGCACAGCAGGCGCUGCAGUACAGCAUCCUUAAACACUGCGCCACCCUGAGGUACUAUCCUUUGGACAGAGUGAAAAUGACAACAUUUCCAUUCUGAUACAUUCUUUUUAUCUGUAGUCAUUUCCAGGAGCUGACCAAAAUUUUCUAUCUGGCCACCCUUGGAUGGUUGGUGUAUAUUUGGGAUCUACAAAUGAGGAAAGCUCUCUGUAAAACCUGUAAUGUGAUUUGAAACAGUGAGUAACAACGUUUAAAAGCUCUGCAGCGGGAGAGUCAUUGAGUACCAGUUUAAUAGCAAUUAUCUUAUUCAAAUGUACCCUGUCCAAUUAAAGUAAUUAGACAGUUAUGUGUUGCUAUGACUACAAUUAUCAUUUAAUGCAUUAGAGCUUGACACUUCAUUCCCAUGGGCAUUGUCUACACAGCUAUGACUAGCAAACCUCACUCUUUCUCUUGGUGACAUUUCACAUGGUCACGACUAACUACGACACUGCUUAACCUUGCUAAAGGCCACUGCUUGCUUGGCUUCCAUGCCAGGUGUAAAAAGGAGCCAAAAUAGAUCCUCUUCUCUGUCAUUUGGCUCCUUGGUAUCUCCCCUCUGGACUAGCUGCUUUACUGUGGUACCUACCCUGUCAUUAGCUGUGUCAGAUUCCUGGGGAAGUCACAAGAAUUACAUUCUGCUUUCACAAUUGUAAUAUUGUUUCAAUUUCAGUUUCAAAUGCUAUGUUUUGCUUUUUUUGUUCCCCAUUAUCUUCUAUUACGCUGAUUGGUCUGACGGGAAUUGCUGUUGCCAAUUUGCAAUACUUGUAAUUCUUUGUGACAGAGGUAAAUGUGUGAUAGUGAAACCAUGUACUGUGAACGUGGCUUUGACAAAUAUCUCAAGAGUAUCAAGGACAACUUUCCAAGCAUAAUGGAACUCAGAAUUUCUCCCCUUUGAAUGAGAUAAUAUGCCUUGAAAUACACUGUCUGCUGCUUAUUCUAUUACAAAACACUCUUUAACCUGACAUCUAUCAAUGAGCGCAGUCUGCUCAAUGUAACAGCUCAUUCACAAUGCUCUGUAUGUUUGUUUAAUUCUCUACAAUGGUUUAAUGCAAACUGACUGGUAGCACAUUAUCUGGGUGGAAAACGGAACAUGUAUUUUCACAUUUAUGAUCCUAAUGGCCAUGGGAGUUGAUUGUGAUUAGGCUACUUGUUAUUAUGUUUUGUGGCUUAGAAUGUCAGAACUUCUGGUUGUACAUAUUGUAUCGGUUUUAGCGUGCUUGUCUAAUUAAAGAGUUGCAAUGUA